AGUGGGGGAGAGAGAGAGGCUGACUCCCACCGUUCAUAUCGGCAGCUUGAGAGAGAGAAGCAGAAGAGAGGCUGUCACACAGCAGAGACUCUACAACUUGUUCUCAACUAAUCGCCAGCGGAGGGAAGGGGGAGAAAAAAAUAAUAAUUACACGGACUUACAAAUGCUAUUAAUCCCGUGACCAGGGACUCGGAAUGGAAAUAUACGCGCCGGCAAUGAGAAGUAGUUUCAUGCGGCUGGUCGUGUGAGCGCUGCCGGCUCCAACAAAGAAACUCAUGUAGGCAGGUGUCAUUGGAUGAGGUGGGCUGUUCUCCACAACCCAUCAUGGACGUCAACUACUGGACAUUCCCGCAUCACGAAGCAUCCCAUCCGAAUGGCUCCUGCUCCAUAACACCUCCCUGUGUCUGAGCUGUCACAGGCUGUGGACACCAUGACGCAGAUGGACUACAAAUACAGCCUGCUGGGCUCCACGGUGGACGACUACCGCAAGAGGCCACUGCUGCUGCAGGUGGACGACACACCCAUGAACCUGUUCGCAGUCUUGGAGGUGAAGCGGGAGCUGCCGAGACGCUGGAGCAUGCUGGGCUUCUUCCGCAAGAUCCGUGUCUACAGCUUCCUGUUCGGCCUGGCAGUCAUGUUCCUCAUUAUGGCUUCCUACAUUUUGACAGGCGACAAAAAGGGCCUCCUCCUCACCCCGUCCCCGUACCACUUCAGCAGCCUGGUCAGCCCGGGACCUUUCGCCUUCAACCUCUCCUCAGUCAAGGACUACGCACAUAUCAAACUGGUGGUCAAAUCCAUCACCUCGAAGGUGGAGUUCCGCAGCAGUCGACAGCUUCCAGAGCUGAAGGCGCUGGUUAAGAGUGAGCCACAUAUGUUUUCCGCCAUCCCUCGCAAAUUCCUGCCUGGUGUCAAAAACCCCUGCUGGUAUGAAGAAUACACUGGGAAUAUCACUUCAGACCCAUACAAGACAAACUUAUACGGACGCUACUCACGGCGCUUCCGAACUGUUUUUCAGCACUUGAGAAACACUUUCCAAGAACACUUGUUCCACCGCAACAGGAGACUCUACCGCAUGCGGUGCCUUCCUUAUUUCUAUAUAAUUGGCCAACCAAAGUGUGGCACUACUGACCUGUAUGACAGACUGAGGCUGCACCCGGGCGUCAAGUUCACCACUUUCAAAGAGCCACACUGGUGGACCCGCAAGAGGUUUGGUAUCAUUCGCCUCAGUGAGGGCUUCCAUGAUCGAUACCCAGUGGAAGAUUACCUGGACUUGUUUGAUCAGGCUGCUUACCAAAUUCAAGGCAACCUCACAGCAAAUGCCAGUGGAUCCCCCAGUCACCCUAACAUCAUCAUUGGAGAAGCCAGUGCAUCCACCAUGUGGGAUAACAACGCCUGGGUGUAUUUCUACGACAACACCACAGAGGGAGAGCCUCCCUUCCUCAUCCAGGACUUCAUCCACGCCCUGCAGCCUGAUGCCCGCUUCAUUGUCAUGCUCAGGGACCCGGUGGAAAGGCUGUACUCCGACUACCUUUACUUUGGAAUUGCCAAUAAGUCUGCAGAGGAUUUCCACGAGAAGGUGUCAGAGUCACUGCAGCUAUUCGAGGGGUGCCUUACGGAGUACACAAUGCGCUCCUGUGUGUACAACACUACGGUCAACAAUGCCAUGCCAGUCAGAUUGCAAGUCGGCAUAUACAUUGUGUACCUAAUGGACUGGCUGACCGUCUUCAGCAGGGAACAGAUUCUGGUCCUGAGGUUGGAAGACCAUGCCUCGAACAGGAAAUACACGAUGCACAAAGUCUUUGAUUUCCUCAGUCUGGGGCCGCCGACGAAAGAAAUCGAGUCAGAGAUCACGAGAAGUCCGGCGUCAAACACCAGGAGGCCAGCCGACAAAAACCUGGGACCCAUGCUGGCCAUCACUAAAGAGAUCCUGCGGAACUUUUACACGCCGUUCAAUGAGAAAUUGGCAAAAGUGCUGCGGAAUGACUCCUUCCUCUGGGAGAGCAACUCUAAACUCUAAAACAGCCCACCUCCUGUUACUUCAGUUAAAAACCACUGAUGCGUCAGCCAGCCCCUUUGUUUGGGUUUCAUCUCUCUCAAGUGCCCAUGGAAAUCAAUGUUUUUCUUCUUCUUUUCUUAUUUAAAUUAUUUUUAAGUUAUAAACUAAACAGAGAUGAAUCAAAGAUAGAAAAACAGCACAAAAGGAAGUGUGGUGGUUUAGUGUGAGUGUGUGUGUGAGAGAGAGAGACAGAGUGAGUGAAUGCAAGAGAUGCUGGCAGGUUCUUGAUUGUUGUUCUCUUGUGAGCAGAUGUACAAAAUUAAAUAGUGAAUUCAAAGAUAUUAAAGUGUUGUGGUGUCUUUUCAA